AAAGAACAUCGAGGUGAUUCAGUGUUGUGUUUGUGUGGUGUCCUAUCUGUGAAAAUACUUUUGCUGUAAUGCUUUCUAAGAAGCUAAAAAAGAAAAUUCAGAAGAAAAUUAAUCGCUGCCAAAUUAUCAUCUCGAACGAAACUGGUCUUCAGUUUACAGACGCUCCAACUGAGAACAUAGUUAUCUGCAAUGCUGGACUCGCAACCGGAUUGCAGCAGGAAACGUUGCUCGAGGAAGUACUGCGUCAUGUAGCGACUUCAUCGUUGGAAAACGUCGCUUUUCCAACGGGCAAAUCCUACUGUUCCCUGCGUUUUAAAUCAACGGAGAUGGCACAGGUCGCUUACGAAGCAAUGAACGGAAUCGCGCCGCUGGGCCAAGAUGGAUGUGUGCUUUUGAUGGCGUACAGCAGCCGAGAAUUGGUCUCCGAUGAUGCAGGUUUUUGGAAAAGUGAUCAACUACCUCCUGGAUUGAUACUGAUUCCGGAUUUCGUGGGCAAACAAUUAGAAUCGGAGCUGCUUGAGCUGAUCGAAUGUACUAACGAUGAGAAAUCUGGUGGAAGUCUAAAACAUCGCCGUGUUCAACAUUUUGGCUACGAAUUUUUGUACGGAAGCAACAAUGUCGACAAAAGUAAGCCAUUAGAUAGAGCCAUUCCUGCGAUAUGCGAUCUGCUGUGGCCAAAAUUGUACGAAAAGUACCCUAUGUAUAGUUGGUUCAUUCCCGAUCAACUAACAGUGAACUGUUACGAACCUGGUCAAGGAAUUCCGCCUCACGUCGAUACACAUAGUGCCUUUCGUGAUCCAAUUAUUUCCCUUUCGCUGGGCAGCGAAAUUUUGAUGGAAUUUAGGGACACAAGAGGAAAUCAUUUGAAUGUAGAUUUACCCCGCGGAUCGUUGUUAAUUAUGUCCGGGGAGAGUAGAUACGGUUGGACACAUGGGAUAACGCCUCGUAAGAUGGAUACCGUACGUUUGGGUAACAGUCUUACAGUAAGAAAACGUGGUUUCCGUGUGUCUUAUACGUUUCGCAAGCUGCAGGAUGUUUCGUGUCAAUGUCAGUUCUCAUCUUUGUGUGAUACAUUCAAACAAGAAGCUGAGAUCCGAAAACAGCACCUUCAAGAGAAUGCUGCCCAAUUAGAGCAGGAAAAUGUGCACAAAGUUUACAAUGAAAUUGCAAAGCAUUUCAGCGAAACACGACAUUCACCGUGGCCUCGGGUUUUAGCAUUUUUGAACUCGUUACCUGUUGGCUCAAUUAUGCUGGAUGUUGGCUGUGGAAAUGGAAAAUAUCUUAGCGAUAAUGAACGCAUAACCGGUCUUGGAUGCGAUCGCAGUGACGAGUUGCUUAAAGUAUGUACUUCGCGCGGUUUGAACGUACUACAGUGUGACUGUUUGGCUUUACCUUUUCGAUCAGCCUCUGUGGAUGCUUGCAUAAGCAUAGCCGUAAUCCACCACUUGGCUACCGACGAGCGACGUCAACGAGCGAUUACGGAAAUGGGUCGGGUCCUCCGACCAGAAGGACGUGCUCUGAUUUACGUUUGGGCAAAAAAUCAAGCAGCAAACGCUAAACAAUCCAGCUAUCUUCGGCAGAAUAAACGCGCCAACCGAUCGCAACAACAACAGUUUGACGCUUCGGAAACUUUAAAUGAAACAGAUCCCGGUGCAGCGAGUACGGUACUUCCGGUUCACACCAACAGGACGCAAUUUCAACAUCAGGACCUGUUGGUUCCCUGGAAGCUGCGCGACCUGGAACGAAAAGAGCACGCAACAAAGGCAACCUUUCUGCGAUACUACCACGUGUUUGAGGAAGGAGAACUGGAGCGAUUGUGUGGGACUGUGCCUCAGCUCAGUGUGGAAGAAAGCUAUUACGAUCAAGGUAAUUGGUGCGUUGUGUUAAGAAAAAAUUGUUAA